UGUCUCCCCCCUCUCACAUUGUUCAGUAGACCAAGGAGAAUUCACCAUGAAGUUCCUGAUCUUAUUCAGUGUGGUCGUUGGGUUGGUGGCCCAGGCUCUUGGGCUCGGUUACCACGAGGAUGUGGGCAUACCUGAAGCAGCCAGGAUCAGGCAGGCGGAGAUGCGUCAGAUGAGCUCUCGGAUCAUCGGAGGAAUGCCGGCCGCGUAUGGUGAUAAUCCUUACUUGGCUGGUCUCAUCAUCACGCUGGUUUCCAAUCAGAUGUCAAUCUGCAGUGGCACGCUGGUCAGUCAGAAGAAAGUGCUCACAGCCGCGCAGUGCUGGUCAGACGGCUACCAGCAAGGAAGGAAGAUUGAGGUGGUGCUAGGAGAAACCCAGUUGUUCUAUAGCUACCGGCGGGAAGUGACCGGGAUAUCCGUGCAUCCGGGUUACACCAGCAAACCUCUCUCCAAUGACCUGGCUAUGCUCACGCUUAGAUACACCGUCAACAAUUAUAACUACAUGUACCCAGUCACCCUGCCAUUUGAGUCGGAUGUGAACAACACGUUUGCCGGCAUUGGUGCCAAAGUCUCCGGAUUCGGGAAGACCAGUGAUUGGUCCCAAGUAGGUCCUAAAACCGACCAGCAGUCUGUCAUAGUACCUGUAAUAGACAACUGGUAUGAAUGUUACUACGGGCUUCCGCAGCGCCCGGCGUACAACAGUGACAAGAUCUUGUGUACUAGUGGGGCGAAUGGGUUUGGUACCUGUGGAGGCGACCUAGGCGGGCCCCUGGUGGCCCCUGAAUACUUCAAUGGGACCGAUGUGUUGAUCGGAGUCACUUCAAUCCAGUCGAACAUGGGAUGUCAGAACGGUUUCUCGACGGGUUACAUGCGAGUGACAGCUUACCUGAGCUGGAUCAAACGUAACCUGUAAUAUUUUAUACUGGCAACACUUAUACAGACCAUAGAGUCAUAGAGUAAUU